CGUUGGGUUCCGCCGCGCAGCGCUGGGCGCUCGGUCCGCCUCAGCGGUGGAGCGCCAGGCAGGCCUUUCGCCGCUGCCGCCGUAUCGGGGUGGUGCAUCCCGGGGCCGGGCCCCGGGUGGGGCAGGAACGCAGGUGGGUCGGGGCUCGGGUGCGAGAGAAACGCGGUCGGGGUCUGGCGGCGGCCACCGUGGCCGCUCCCCGCCCCCUCCUGCUGCCCGCUGCGCUCCCGGGGCGCGGGGCGGGUGGGGGCGGGGGCGCCUCCCGCGGGGCGCGGGCUUGUUGCGUGCUUGGCGCGUCCGGGGCUGGCACCCGGCGGGCCACUGCGGCUCCCGCCUCCUCCCGGGGCGGCUUUCCAGCCUGCGUACGAGGCUGGCGGCUCAGCGCCCCCGCGGGCCACGGAAGCUCAGGCGGGCGGGAGCGGGGUUCCCGCUUCGGGUUGAAGCCGAGGCGAUCAUGGAUAGGCCGUGAGGAGGCACCGGAUCGGCUCUCCCACCGCCGGGACUCUCGGUCUGUGAGGAGGUCGGGCCCUUGGGAGUGGGGGGUGGGGUUGCCUUGCUCGGGUCGCACCCGCCUGGGCUCGACCACCCUGCCCGUCCCUGUCCCAGCGCAGGUCCUCUGUUAUGCAUCUAAAGCCAUACUGGAAACUCCAGAACGAACGACCUCUGGAAAUCAGCAAGGAAACUCUAAGAACUCCUAUGAGCCACCACAAGGGUAUAAAAGAUCAAAAAUGCAAAGCUAGGUACAUGAAACCAAGUGUCUUUCCUUCAACCUCUCUUAGUAAGGCCUCAUCUCGAAAGCCUUUUGGGAUCAUUUCUCCAAAUGUUCUGUGCAGUAUGAGUGGGAAGAAUCCUGUAGAGAACAGCUUGAGUGUUAAAACCAAAAAGAAUGCACCACCUACGACAAUCCACCAGGGUGAAGAAGGGGAAGGGCCACUUGAUAUCUGGGCUGUUGUGAAACCGGGAAAUACCAAGGAGAAAAUUGCAUUCUUUGCAGCCCACCAGUGUAGCAAUAGGAUAGGUUCUAUGAAAAUAAAAAGCUCUUGGGAUAUUGAUGGGAGAGCUACUAAAAGAAGGAAAAAAUCAGGAGAUCUUAAAAAAGCCAACAUGCAGUUAGAAAGGAUGAGGGAAGUCAACAGUAGGUGCUACCAGCCUGAGCCUUUUGCAUGUGGCAUUGAGCAUUGCUCUGUGCAUUAUGCGAGUGACAGUGGGGAUGCCGUCUAUGCAGGGAGGCCUCUGUCCGUCAUACAGAUGGUGGCCUUCCUUGAGCAAAGAGCCAGUGCUCUGCUAGCUAGUUGUGCAAAAAGCUGCACAAACUCACCUGCUGUUGUGAGGUUUUCUGGGCAAUCCAGAGGUGUGCCCCUAGCCUCUGAACCCUUCUCUACUCCGGGAGCCUGUGAAGAACCCACGGAAAAGGGAAAUCCUGAGGUUGGUGAACCACAGAGUGAGCCAGUCCGGGUCCUUGACAUGGUAGCUAGACUGGAGUCAGAGUGCCUGAAGCAGCAGAGCCAGCGUGAGCCUGGGAGCCUCUCAAGGAAUAACAGCUUCCAUCGGAAUGUGGGCCGGGUGUUGCUUGCCAAUGGCACUCAGGCUGAUGAAGGCAAAACAAAAAAAAGAGCCUUGGAGGCACCUGAUACUCAGGUGAACCCUGUGGGGUCUGUAUCUGUGGAUUGUAGACCCUCAAGAGCUGACCAUUGUUCUCCUAAGGGGGACCAGGCCUGGGAAAGUGCUCCUCAGGGCUGUCCCUCAUUGCCAGCAGGUAUGAAUUUCCAUAUGGACAGUUCAGAAUUAGAAUCACGUCAGCAAAUUAACAUGAAAAACAGUAAUAGGUAUGAUGUGGAAAUGAUAGAGGAACUUACUGGGUUACCUUUUCAUCUUCACACCUGUCCCCAAGCCACUGAAUUGCCCACAAAUGCUGGUGAUUUUAAAAGCAGAGAGCUCGUGCCGCUCACUAGCCAAAAUCCUGAUCAAAGAAGAAAAGAAUCUUUGUGUAUUAGCAUCACUGUGUCCAAGGUCGAGAAAGACAAACUUUCUAGUUUAAACCCCUCUGAAGACCCACUUCCAGGGAUGCUGUUUUUUUUGCCACCUGAUCAGUGCCAGUUGGACUGCUCCCAGUUGAAUGAAAGCACAACAGAAGAGUCUUCAGAGGACAGCCAGCUUGAAGAUGCUGCUAAGGGUGAGAGUGCAUCUGAAGAAAAAAGUGUUUCACCUGAGCCAUUUGUCCUGCCCCCAUCUUCUGUGGAAAGUACAUUACCAGUGCAUGAGGUGUCCAGUUGGAAGAAGCAGGUAUCUCAUGACUUUCUGGAGACCAGGUUUAAAAUCCAGCAGCUUUUGGAGCCUCAGCAGUACAUGGCCUUUUUGCCCCACCACAUUAUGGUGAAAAUCUUCAGGUUACUUCCCACCAAGAGUUUAGUGGCUCUUAAAUGUACCUGCUGCUAUUUUAAGUUUAUCAUUGAAUACUACAACAUCAGGCCAGCAGAUUCUCGCUGGGUUCGAGAUCCGCGUUAUAGAGAGGAUCCUUGCAAGCAGUGCAAGAAAAAAUAUGUGAAAGGGGACGUGUCCCUGUGCCGGUGGCACCCCAAGCCCUAUUGCCAGGCAUUGCCCUAUGGGCCAGGAUACUGGAUGUGCUGCCACCGGUCUCAGAAGGCCUUCCCUGGCUGUAAGCUGGGGCUUCAUGACAAUCACUGGGUCCCUGCCUGCCACAGCUUUAAUCGGACAAUCCAUAAGAAAGCAAAAGGGACUGAAACUGAAGAGGAAUAUUAAAGCCUAUGUAAGAGGCAACAACAACAACGAAACUGAUUUUUAAAACUGCAAACACACUACCCAGAUGUACCAUUCAAGUGAGUGUUGCCUCUCAGAGUUAUCACAGUCACUGUAGGAAAAUCUGUACUUAAUUCCACUAGGACUGCCAUUGCUCGACAUUUUUAAAACGCUAAUUUACAAGCUGUUCAAGAAAAUUGGUCUUACAGUGGCGCCUCACAUUUGAUCCAGGGUGGUAUCCCAGUUUGAUUCACUUGGCUCUGAAUAUGCCUCUUUUUUUAAAAAAUCAAAUCUAUUCUCAAAGGAUGAAGACUUGCACCCCAUCGAGGAUGAUCAGAAGAGUACACUGCAGACUCUGCAAGCACUCCCCAAAAGGGCUGCCGGAAAUGCUUCCAGCACUGGCACCAUAUUUGAAAUAAGCAGAUAGUGUUCAGUGAAAAGAAUAGCAGCCCUUUUAAAAGAGAAGUAUGCUUGAAAAGGAAAAGUCAGGCACCUUACCUUUCACCUUACAUGCUUGAUCCUGUGAGAAUGACGUUUGUGGUCAAAAAUGGAUUUCAUGCCCUGUGGUGUUUACAGUGUAUAUAAUUGUUGUGUGUUCAUAGGGCUAUGGAAACUGCACAUUAAACCUGAGCGCUUUACCUUUAGAUGAGUGCUUUUGGCCCCCCCUAUAAAUGACACUAUUAAAAAAUCCAGUUGUAUAUAGUGGACAACUGACUGAAGAACAUAAUCACCACAAUGCAGCUAGAAUAGCGUUGCGGCUAUAAUUGUGUGUUUUCUAUUGUCCUGUCUCAAAUUUGUACAUCCUGUAUAAAAUAUGAAUGUUUCCCAAAUAAACUAUGAAUGUUUCCUGUAUAAUAUAUGAAUGUUUCUGAGAAGAAACUCUAAGUAGCUAAGAGGGUAACCUGUUCAGAGGAUACCAAAUAAUGGUUUAACUGGACAACCUUAAAAUUAGCAGAGAAAAAUCCUUUGUUAUAUUUUAGUGAUCCACAAGAAUCAGACUAUAUAGUCAGAUUAUAACAUCCUUGUCUUCUUAAGUCUUUCUUUCUGGUUACAAAAAUUUUUUUAACUUUAGUAAAAACAUGCAUCUUAAAUGGGACCUGAGUUUUACAAAGAUCCCUACCCCCUUUAAGGUUAAUAUUGAAUGGUUUUGUGAACUGAGUCUAAGAAUUUCUCUUUUUUAAGUUUUUGAGUUGUUAGGAAGAGGGGGGAGAUAAAUUGUUUUGUUUCCUGUCAUCAAGAAGAGGCCAUCUUCACUUAACAUGAGCUUCAAUUUUUGUUGCCUUUUAAUACUUAUUUGGAUUUUUUUGUCUGCCAGACAUCCCCUGUCCCAUUGGGUGAGGUAUUAUCUAGGAUGUUCUUACAACUUGUCCAGGCAUAAUUAAUCAUUUGGAAUUCAUUGAGGAUUCACUCAGGCUGUGAUCAUGUUAGGCUUAGUGGGAUUGGGAGGUAUUGGGCCCCAGAAAGCUGCUACAGAGAACCCAAAAACUAGCUUCGUUUGAAAUUGAGUGCCCAGCCAUGAUGUUCUAGGGGAGGUGUUGAUGGGAAGUAAUGUGUGAGGACUGUAAUAGUUCCAAAGGAGAAAGCUGUGAAGGCUGAGCAGGUUUUGACCAGGCAGACAUAAAAUCUGCCAGGCAGAGUAGAGUGGGACUGGAUGGAGCUAGUGGAGCUGGCUCACCUACAGCUGAGGCAGGGGGUGGGACUGGAGUGGCUUCCACACUGGAAUCUGCUUGAUACUGAAACUGAAAAUUGUGUCUUAAUGCUAAACAAUCUGCCCCCAUUGGGCAUUUGAUACCUUCUUGGUGCUGGGCUGGAGCCUGCAAGUUCAUUGGGUUUGUCUGUGAUGCAGGAUUAAGGAGAGGCUGAGGGCAGCUUGCUUUUCCUUCCAAAUACCAACUCAGUCUUUGCAUAGAACUCAUUGCAGCUGAGGUAUGCUGGAAAAUGCUUUUAAACCCUAGAGUCCGUAGAUUCAAGUUCGCAGUUUUAAUUCCUUUUGGUUGGCUCUAAACUGGCAAUCUCAAUGGUACCUCCCUGAUAGGUUUGUUAUCAUUCAUAAUUUAUGAGGAUUAAAUGAGAUAAUGCAUAUAAUGUACUUAGAGUGCAGCCUGGCAUGUAGAAAGUGCCCAAUAAAUAUUAGCUCUCACUGUUAACUGUAUUGCCCAGCGUGGGCACACAGGAUAAACAACUUUUGGUUGGUUUUCAUGUGAAACACAAAGCUGUGACUGUGUGAGGGGCUGACCUGACCAGGAGCAGAGGGCACAGUAAGAAUGUACUGAGCCCACCUUGGCAUGCCGCUCAUGAUCCCUCCUGACAUCACUGAUGUCCCCAUUUUGAGCCGUGGGGGCAGGACCUAGUUCCCAGCACUGUCUGUGUGAAUGGGAGCGGAGGAUUUUAGCAGGAGAGAACAGGUGGCAUCAGAGGGCACCACCCUUCUGCUUAUCAUGUCUAGACAAGUGUAGCGUUUCCCUUAGGAGACCCUGUGCUUCAGAGCCCCCUAGUGCCAAGCUUGUGAAAACCUGACUUUGUAUUUCCUGCAACAGUCCAGUGCUGCAUUGCUGUAGGAUCAUAGACUGAAAGGAAGAAAAUAACAAUUUGGCCAUCAGGACACUAGCCUCUCCAUGACUCCCUCCCCACUCCAUCAAAAAAAGAAAAACUCUCCCACUUCAGCUUCUGCUCAGAGGCUCUGAUAAGCCUGUCCUAGAUUUUUUUUCCCCACCCCUCACUUAAAGCCAAGGAGGGGGGUGUGAAUUGGAAACAGAAAAAAGGUUAAGCUUAAAAAUUUGCUUUUUUAGGUCUUUGUCAAAAUGAUUCUGGCAUUAAAAUGGUCAUGACUAAACACUUUUUCAGAAAUUACCAUAAGCUCUGUCUAAAUGCACUGAUGGCUGUGUGUGCAGGAGGCACCUCCUCUGGGAAACCCAACCCCACUGCCCACCUUGGCUGGGUGCCUCUCAGCACCCUGUGCACAUCUACCACCACACGCCCCCUUUGGUUUAUCAUCGUAUAGCAGUUCUCUCCCCUGCUGCACUCUAGGCACAGAGAGGGCAGCUUCAUGCCACACCCUCAGUGCCCCUCACCCACAGCCUAUCUCCCUGAAUGUUCCCAUGCCUCUCUAGUGGCCAUCUUAAGUGAGGGGGGCUGGCAGGUUCUGACUGCUCUGGGCCAUACAGUAAUUUUCCAUUCAGUGUGAGAAACCUGAAGGCAGGAUAAAGGGCUCUUGGAGGAUCUUUACCUUUGGCCAUAGCUGUUCCCUUAGGAGCAUUUUUUGCUUAGGGAAGCUCCCAUAGUAGGCCUAGGGGUUUUACUUUUAACUCUGUCGAAUUUAUUUUUGUGUGAUCUAGGCUCUGUUGUUGCCAGUGGCUCCCUUGGCAGCCAGGCUAGUUUUAAGUUUGCUGACUGUAGAAGGGCCACAGGGCUGAUGGUUAUGGCAUGACCUAGGAGUCCACUUCCUGGGCUUUGUCCAGUCAUCCGUUACUCGGAAUUGUCAGCACCUCCCUGCCAACCUUUUCAGACCAGCGUAGGACAUUGCUGUGUAUUCCCAGGAGUUUUCCAUGGCUUCAGUUGCCUUUGAUCCUCCUCCAUUGAGCAGACUGGCUAUUCAUCCUCUGUCCGUCAUCUCUCAGCCUGCCUCAAGAACAUCAGUCACCUCACCAAAGCCUUUCUUGCUAUGUGCUGCAGAUUGCAUCAGUAAGAAUGCCAAAUUUAAAUGCAUUCUUUUUCAUGUACAGGGCCUGGCACUUGGGGAAUUUGACAGUUUCUAUCCCUUUUUUUCUGUUGGGUUCGAGUAAGCUAGUGUAGCAGUCUCUGAGUUGGCUCAAAGUACCUGUGUGGGAAAUGUGUGACCCCUUGUAUCAACAUGCACACCAUUCCUCAGUUUGUGGCCAUUGCUGGUUUGCAUAACCUCAUGGGACCAGCAAACAUCAUUGUGGUGUACAUUCCAGUGUAUUUAUACCUAACAUUUAAGCAAAAGCAUGAUCAGGCAGCAUCACCAUCUUAGGUGGUUUGACCUUGGUGUUAUUUUUAGGGGAGCAGAAGCCACUACAUUUGGUAGCUGGGGAGGGAAGAGGAAAGACCUAGAACAGUAGAUGGAUAGCAAUCCCCCCACCCCCACCACCACCAAGUGCCACCAUCUACUCUUUAGUUAGAACAGGCUGUAGAAAAAAUUUUGGAACAGUUUUUCUCAAAUUCUUAAAAUAAGGUGGGCUAUAAAAAGAGUUAAAAAUUAACCUCUACUAAAUGUUUUGUUUCUCUUUUUGGAAUGAUAAAACAACAGGAGUUAGGUUCUAAAGUUAGAAUUUAAGGGAAAAAUGGUAUAUAGCUAACAUUACUCUUGAAAAUCCUUUGUGCCUGUCACACAGUGAAGAAUUCUCUAUAGUGUAUAUGGUGGUGUGCAGCAUGUGGUAAGUCACGUAAGAUGAGCUGCUCAUGCUGAAUAAGGAGCAGUGUGUAGAAAGACCUGGAGCAUAGCAGAUCCCAUCUUCCUUCUCACAGUUAAUUGGAGCACAGUCCACCUGUGCUAUUUAAAUUAUCUCCCUGCUUUCCAUUCCCCUCCUCCCCCACUGUAUCUGAGAACCACACAGUAGCUUUAUGAAGUAGUAUCCCUGUCUCAAAUGUCUGUUCAGUAGUACAGAGGUUGAUGGAGUUUCAAACACUAGAAUCAAAAUCAAUUGGUUGCCAAACACAAUGAGUAUAUCUACCUGUUCCCGUACCCAUUGUGAUGUGUGAGGUAUUCCGUCUGUGUAAGUCUGAGUUUGCAUCCAUUAGUCCUAGGCUGGUGCAGGGGUGGCCCACCAGGCCUUCCCUGUUCUGGGACUAAGGUGCCAGCCUUCACUCUGCCCUUACCAGUGCAGUGCAGGCAACCAAGCACGAUUCUGCUGCAGGGUGUGUGGCCUGCCUUCAACAAUCUCCUUCUACCCCAGCCCUGAUAUUCUCUCCUUUGAAGCAGAUGUGGUGACUUGGCUGCCUCAGCACCCAGCUAGGACCUCUCAUGUGACCUUUCCCUCUUCCGUGGUUUUGGAUUCAGGCCCCUCAACUUUUCUUCAAUCUGUGCUCUGUAGAGGCUUUGUUUUUCACAGGGGCUCAAUAGAAACAGCAGGCAUACAGAAAACGGCAUUUCAAGGAGGGUUCAUUGAAAGGGUGUAGAUACAGGGGGCUAGCCUUCUAUAUUAUGGGCCCAGAAUAUAAAUUAAGGACCCUCCUGCACCCCACCCCCUUUUUCUUCCCACUCCUGGCUCUGUCCCUCACCUCAGCCACCUUCUCCUAUUUCCUGCACACGGGUACCCCUCAGGCUUAAGGGAUCUUCUCUCUGAAGGACAGAGCUGGGGAAAGGACUCUGGAAGCUCUGUAGUUCCAGGAACCUGGAUAAUGGUCUGAAAGGGGAAUGCAGGUCCCAGGAAAGUCUGCCCCCUUAGCAUUCCAAUUCCUUGCCCAUGGAGAGGGGUAUGGCUGGAGGGCCAAGGGGUGGAGACUUCUAAAGUGCAGGAGCUAGUACAGGCUCCAUUGCCUGGGCUGCUAUUGUGCAGGGUAGUGAUUCUCAAUCUUGGCUGCCUGUUAGACUCACCCUUGUGGCUUAAAAACCACCAAUGCUGACUCCACCCUAGACCUAUAAAUCAAAACCUCUGGGGAUGGGAGCUGAGCAUCAUCGGUAUUUAGAAUCAUCAGGUGAUUCUAAAGCAUACAAAAGGUCCUGAACCAUAACAGCAGUAAGGGCUGAUGGUUCCUAGGCCCUGGAUGAGGAGAUGAGUGGUCACCAGAACUGGAAGGACAGAAAAAUUGUGUCCAGUCAGCAGCAACUUUCACCUGAACAUAGAUCUGGCAGGGAAGGGGCCAGGAAUAAACAUCCUGACUACCAGAAGCCACAGAACCUAUUGAUGCAGCCACCCAGCUGUCUGCCUGGCCGUGAACAGGAUGAAGAAGGGGAAGGAGUGAACCUGGAGGGGCAAAUGUGAAAUAUCCAGAGAAAGCUCUACAUGGCAAAUCUCAAGUUGGACUGGAGUCAUUUUAUAUUAGAACAAUCCCUCCAUCGGCUCUCCUUCAGCUCCCCAAAAGCCACUAGUGAAAUUCCCUUCCCACUCCUUUAUGUCUGGGAAAGAAGGGAACCUGCUUCCUAAAACUUGAUGACCCUUGGGAGGCCCUAAAUACACACCUGGGAAGGUGCCCACCAGGCUAUAGAGCACUUGACAUUAGCUAGUCCAAAGUGAGAUAUGCUGUAAAUGUAAAAUAAUACAUGUGGAAUUUCAAAGACAGCAUAAGAGUGCAAAAUCUAUUUUUCACAGUGAUGACGUUGAAAUAUUUUGGGGUAUUUUCAGUUGAAAUAUAAAAAUAUAAAAAAUUUCUAUUGGACAGUGCUGCUCUAGAGCAAUGUUUCUUAAACGUAAACAUACAUAUGAAUCAUCACCUGGGAAUCUUGUUGAAAUGAUGAUUUUGAUUCAAAGUGUCUAAGAUGGGGCCCAGGAUACUACAUUUCAAACAAGUUCGAGGUGAUAAAGAUGCUUCUGGCUGGAGGGUCACACCCUAUCAGGAUUAGGAGCUAAAGGUUCUUUGGCAUGGUGUUAUCAGGUCCUUCUGUAGGAGCUCUCAAGCUCUUAGCAAGGUUUAUCCCGAAGACCAUUAAGAGGGCAGAGAGCAAAACUCCCAACUCAAACCAGUACUGUGAACUAGAAGAAAAAGGUUUAUUUUUCUCUGUGAAUACGUCCUCCCUACUUUGAAGGCGACUAAUAAAUUGCUGAUCACAAAA